CCGCCCAACCUCUCUCUCUUUCUUCUUCGUCUAGUUAGGUUAGGUUCCAGGAGAUCACAUGGACGUCGAUCUCCUCCAGCAGCAGCUCAUUGCACACAUUCAAGCUCUGCAGCGUGAAGGCUUCGUUGAUGACUAUCUGCAGAUGUGCUAUGGGCUGAAGGAGACUUCUGGCUUAACAUUUUUCCUGGAAUUGAUUGCUACCUUUCACACAGACUCUGCUGCUGCUAUAGAUGAUAUGACUGUAACUAUGGAAUGCCCGAUUCUUGACUAUGAUAAGAUGCAAGGGCUUGCAAUCAGUCUCAAGGGAAGUUCAGCAUGCAUUGGGGCAUGUCGGAUAAGUGCUAGUUGCUCUGAGUUACUCCAGGCAGCUACAAAAAGAUCUAAGACAGACUGCAAACGGGCAGUGGAGAUGAUCAGCAGAGAAAAAUCCGCUUGGGAAGUGAAGUUGGAAACUAUUAUGCAGCUGGAGCGUAAAAUCGUUGACAGACAGAUGCAAUGAUUUACACAUCGAUCGAUUUUUUAAAAGAUUAUAAAGUGGUACUUAAAUUAGGGUUUAGAUUUACAGUUUACACACUAUAAAUUAACUUUGGACAAGAUUAAUCGAGACAUGACAAUCACUUUCGAUCACACCAUACCACAAAUCUUAUUACAAGCAGCAUGUCCUUUGGGUUGGAAGUCAAUUCCGAGGUCAGCGGCUAAGGUUAGCUCUAGGCCUUUUACUUGUGCUUUGUUUAUUUUAUUCCUUAGUCCAAUUGUAAAUAUUAUUUAGGCAUCAACUCGGCUCAAUACAUAUAUUUUUACCCAGUUUAUAAUGAAUUUGGUCCUAUAAAACCAUCACAUGUGUGGACAAUUACUCUAUGUUAUAUGUAUUCCAUUAGCAUACACUC